CCUAGCGCCAGAAGGAUGAUGAUGCGGGAGGAGAAGCAGCAGCAGGAGGAGGAGAAGUCGGCUGUGGCGGUGGCGGCAAAAAAGCUUUAGCUGCGGAGUGCGGGCUCUCCUUCCUUCCCUGCUUCCUCCCCUUAUGGCAGGGGCUGCUCUUUCCUCCUCUUCCUCCGUCCUCCCUCCUCCUUUGGAUCCCCGGAGGAAACUCUUAGGAUCGCGCGCAGAAGAGCUGCCUCAGCUGCUGCGGCUUCUUCCUCCCCUCGCGUCAUGCCGGGACGCCUCCUUCGCCUCCUCGGCUGCCGGCUUUGCGGCUUCCUGCUAGACUCCCCGGGAUGCUAAGGCAGCCUCCGACCCCUCCGUCAGCCUGGAGAGAAGAGAGCCCGACCCGCUUCGGGGGGCGCUCGGCCUCUGCUUGAGCCUCGGCGGAGCCAUGGGCUGGCCAGAAGCCUCUCCGGCCCGGCAGUGCAGCGGAGGAGGCGGCUGGACCUUGAGCGACUGCUUGUGCUGGUUCCUCCUGCCCGGGAUGGUCUUCUUCCUGGCCCGCCCGGCCAAGCUGGCCGCUUUCCCUACCUCCUUAAGCGACUGCCAAACGCCCACCGGGUGGAAUUGCUCCGGUUACGAUGACAGAGAAAACGAUCUCUUUCUCUGUGACACCAAUACCUGUAAAUUCGAUGGGGAGUGCUUAAGAAUCGGAGACACCGUGACUUGUGUCUGUCAGUUCAAGUGCAACAGCGACUACGUACCUGUGUGUGGCUCCAAUGGCGAUACUUAUCAAAAUGAAUGCUACUUGAGACAGGCUGCUUGCAAACAGCAAAGCGAAAUACUCGUGAUGUCAGAAGGAUCAUGUGCCACUGAUGCAGGCUCUGGAUCUGGAGAUGGAGGCAGCGAAGGUUCUGGAGAAACUGUUCAAAAAGAAACCUCCACCUGUGACAUUUGUCAGUUUGGGGCAGAGUGUGAUGAAGACGCAGAGGAUGUCUGGUGCGUGUGCAACAUUGACUGUUCUCAAACGAACUUCAAUCCACUCUGUGCUUCCGAUGGGAAAUCUUAUGAUAAUGCAUGUCAGAUUAAAGAAGCAUCAUGCCAGAAACAGGAGAAAAUUGAAGUCAUGUCUUUGGGCCGGUGUCAAGAUAACACAACCACCACUACAAAGUCAGAAGAUGGGCAUUAUGCAAGAACAGAUUACGCAGAAAAUGCAAACAAAUUGGAAGAAAGUGCCAGAGGGAUCUACAUUCCUUGUCCAGAACAUUAUAAUGGUUUCUGCAUGCAUGGAAAAUGUGAACACUCGGCUAAUAUGCUGGAACCAUCUUGCAGGUGUGAUGCAGGCUACACUGGACAACACUGUGAAAAGAAAGACUAUAGUGUUUUAUACGUAGUUCCAGGCCCUGUACGAUUUCAGUAUGUCUUAAUAGCAGCCGUGAUUGGGACUAUCCAGAUCGCUAUCAUCUGUGUGGUGGUCCUCUGCAUUACAAGGAAAUGUCCCCGGAGCAACCGAAUCCACAGGCAGAAGCAAAACACAGGGCACUACAGUUCAGACAACACAACCAGAGCAUCGACCAGGUUAAUUUAAAAGAGCGCAUGUUUCCACAAUGGCAAAAGUAAGCUGCAGAGAGCUUGGACUUUACAAAAUACAGUAUUAUAGACAAAAGAUCUACACAUGUUGCCUUGCAUUUGUGGUAAUCUACACCAAUGAGAAGAAGAAAAACAUGUACUACAGCUAUAUUUGAUUAUGUAUGGAUAUAUUUGAAAUAGUAUACAUUGUCUUGAUGUUUUUUUCUGUAAUGUAAAUAAACUAUUUAUAUCACACAAUAUAGUUUUUUCUUUUUCAUGUAUUUGUUAUAUAUAAUAAAUACUCAGUGAUGAGAAAAA